AUGGCUACUCGACGUCAUGUUCAAAAUCUUGGGGGCUUGAAUGCAGGAAAUGAAGAGGACAGAUGCACCAUAGAGCAAGUCAAUCAGAUGCACCCUCCCACUUUUGAUGGUCGUGGUGACCCGACCUUAGCUGAGGAUUGGAUCCAAGACAUUGAGGAGAGAACCAUCAAGGAAGCUGAUGGGAGGGGAGUGGUUAGUUGGCCCCACUUCAAGCAGAUUUUCUUUGACCGUUUCUUCCCAAAAUCGAUUAGGGAUGCUAGGGCCAAGGACUUUGCCGACUUAGUGCAGGGUACUAUGACGGUGCACCAGUAUGCGGCCAGAUAUAUUGAACUAUCACGCUUUGCCUUUUAUCUGAUACCCGAUGAGGAGAAGAAGACCCGAAAAUUUGAGGAGGGACUAAAUAACCAGAUUUAUGAGCGAGUGGUGGUCCUUCAGAUCCAUAACUUCUCAGAAUUAGUAGAUAAGGCCACAAUAGUCAAGCGAGGCCUCAAGAGAAGUGUUGAACUUCAGGAGCAGAGGAAGGGAUCGACUCCAUUGGGAUUUCCCUCGAACGAGAAUCAAGGACCAUGGAAGAGGAUGAAGUUAGUGACCAACCCAGGCCAGAGACAGGUGCAGGACAAUCAACGGAAUAACUCCUGUAAGUCAUGCAACGUAGUAUACUUUGGGGAUUGCAGAAGGAGAACUAGACAGUGUUUUCGAUGUAGGAAGCAUAGCCACCUUGUCAGAGAUUGCCCAAAGCAACCAGAUGGGAGCAUGAACCCCAACCCGCCUUAA